GCCCGGCGCUGGAUCGGCGGCGGUGGAGACGCGGGGAUGGCGGGCGCCGGGAGCGAAGCCCGGUUCGCCGGGCUGUCGCUGGUGCAGCUCAAUGAGCUGCUGGAGGACGAGGGGCAGCUGGCGGACAUGGUGCAGAAGAUGGAGGAGACACAGACUGUUCAGCUCAACAAGGAAAUGACGCUCGCCAGCAACCGGAGCCUGGCCGAAGAAAACCUUCUGUACCAGCCCCAGCUGGACACUCGGAAAGCCUGCCUGACCCAGAAGUACCAGGAGCUCCAGGUUCUCUUUGAAGCUUACCAGAUAAAGAAGACCAAACUGGAUCAGCAGUCCAGUAGCGCUUCCUUGGAGACUCUCUUGGCACUUCUUCAAGCAGAAGGGGCCAAGAUUGAGGAAGACACUGAGAACAUGGCUGAGAAGUUUCUGGAUGGAGAGCUGCCUCUCGACGCCUUCAUUGACGUCUACCAGAGCCAGCGCAAGCUGGCGCACAUGCGGCGAGUGAAGGUGGAGAAACUGCAGGAGCUGGUGAUGCGGGGGCCGAGGCUUCCACAGGCCCCGGCGCCCCUGCCCCGGGUGCCCGAGCCCACGCCGACCACCCCGCUGCCCUACACUGCCCUGGAGGCCAGCGCCCCCCCGGGUGCCGCACCCCGCCGCCUGCCCCCGCCACCCCCCGCGCCCGCAGGACGCUCGGCCAUGCCGCUCCCUGCUGCUCCCUAUCUGGGGCCGCAGUGCCCGCCUCUGCCGCCCCGUGUGGGGCUCCCUGCUCCCCAGGGCUUCUCUGCCCAGCUCGUGUCACCCUACCCCCCCGCCCUUCCGCAGAGGCCCCCACCACGCCUGCCUCCGCACCAGCCGGGCUUCAUCCUCCAGUGAGCGCGGCCCUGCCCGCCCGGCCGGGAGCCACCGUGCCACUCAGAACUGUAGGGCAGUGGUGAGUAGAAGCCCGGUGUGCACCGAGAGCUGCGUGGCCCCACGCAAGCCCCACGGUGUCCGCGAACUCCCGCCUUUGGGGAGAGAUCUUCUGCCACUCCAAUUUAGGAUUGUGUCUCCGGCCACAGCUUAUCUAAUGAGCAUGGCUAGUUGUUUCCAUUGUAAAAGCAGCGUGUGUGCGUGGCCGGGCCUGGUGCAGGCAGCCUCCCUCCCUCUGCCUGUGAGGCGGCAGCGUGAGCUGGACCUGCCCAGCGCCGUCCCUGCCUUUGUGAGGAGACGCCCGCUGGGAGUUUUACUCCGUGCUAGCUGUUUUCUAUGGGAAAAGGACUCUUUUUGAUCUAAGACCAUUCAGGGAUACUUUUUAAAACAUGCAAAUAACUGUUUUGAGCAGAUUGGAAUGCAAGCAGUGCACGGUCACCCUGCAGGUGCCUGUGCUGUGCCUUAGAUCCACCCGGUGCCAGGACUCCGGUGCCCCUCAGGUGCUGGCCUCCACUGCCCAUAGGCCAGGCGGGGGUAGAGGAAAGGCCUGGCUACCUCCGAUCACGAUGCGCUCUGCCCCCAGCGCGCAGGCAGCUGGGCCUUGGGGCAUUGGUGCUGUGGGUGUUGGGUACAGGGCACUGGAGGGGUUUGGAGGAGGAACUCACCCCACAGGAGCACAGCACCUCCUCCCUUGGGAGCUUGUGUGCACAAUUUGAGGGCCCAGCCUGGUGGGGCAGUGCUCACACCUGUCUAGCCAGGCCGUGUGCGAACUUCAGCCCUGCCUUCGCCUGUCACCUGCGAGGCUGCCAGGGCCGGGUCUAUGGCACACUGCCAGCUGGCCGCUGUCCAGGGACACAGCUGACACUGGGCAAGGCCGCUCGCCUUGUCCUCUGUUCCCGCACACACCCUGCUCCUGGACAUGAACUCUGUAUUGUGAAGAAACCCAGCAGUUUGGGAUGAUCCACCACCAUACCAAUCAAAUGGUGUGCUGUGUUCCGCAUCUCAGGGGAGCAGUGCCACCUCCCCUGGAUACCUCUGCCACCAUCCACUGUCGGGAAUGUCCGUGGCCUGUGCGCCGUGGCUAAAUGCAAGCUCGGUGUGGAUGUGAAAACUGCCAUGUGGGGCCCUGCUGCCCCUGGCUGUGAAGAUGUCCAACCCUUUUUAAUAAAUGGAGAAUUGUUA